UCAUUUAUUUUAUGCAUUUAUAAAUUGAAUAUAUACGCUGAUUCAUUAGUACUUCUAGCAGUAUACAUAUUACAAUAAAAAUAAAGAUAUGACAUGCAAUUUACAAGAAAAAUCACAACUGAUAAAUUCAAUUCCACUAACAUACAUACAAAAGUACUUUACUGGCAAUAGCAAUGUACUUUACUUCAUGGUUAAGGGCAGUACUGUGUCUGUCUUAUAGUGUGUGUAACUGUUAUUUUACUUCUUAGCCACGCCUCCAGCCCCAUCUUGAGAUAGGCUCAUGAUGGCUGCUUCACCUGUAUGCCUGAGCACUGGUUUGUCAACUUAUUUUAGGUUUCCUUUUAUAGGUGUGAUAAGAGUAUUGCUACUGUUCCUGGAUUCAUAAUUUGAGAUGGAGUGUCAUGAAUUUUUCUCAUCUCUUUGAGAUGGCCUCAAACUAUGAACCCUCUAGUCUCAUAGUCAAGUAUGAGUGACUGGCACUCAGAUAUAUUUUACAUUUAACCUUACAAUAUUUUAUAGUUUAACCUAAGGUGCAUUCAAUGAGAAACUAAAAUUUGCAUGACUUUUAAAGUACUAUUAAAUGGUAUAUAGGAUAGUAAUAUCUUAACACAUAUGACUGUUGAAUUUUAGUCAGGCAUUCUAUUAAAAAAAUACACACACUACUAAAAGUCUGUCAGGGAACCAGGUGGAAAACCAACAGAGGAAAAAUAUGGUUGGGAGAUGCCGCUCUAAAUUGAAACAUGAAAGCAUAAAUGAAAACAAAAAGAGAAGUAGAAAGGAGGAAGGCAUUCAGAAAAUGGAACCUCGAGCAUCCCUACUUAAGCCAAGGGAGCACACCAAGGUCUUCACACUCCCCAGAGGCAGAGGCUCCCAUCAGCACCUCAGCCAGUCCAGCAGCAUCCGCCCAUCCACAAUGCCCUUGCCCUUGGCCUUCCUGGUGACCCUGGUGGUGCUCAGCUGCAGGGCAACCUGCUCUCUGGGCUGUGAGCUGCCUCCCACCCACAGCCUGGGCAACAGAAGAGCCUUGCUCCUCCUGGGACAGAUGAGGAGAGUCUCCCUUUUCUCCUGCCUGAAGGACAGAAAGGACUUUGGCUUCCCCCAGGAGGCAUUGGAUGGAGAGCAGGUCCAGAAGGCUCAAGCCAUCGCUGUCCUCCAUGAGAUGACCAGGCAGAUCUACAGCCUCUUCAGCACAAAGACCUGGCCUGCCCCUUGGGAGAAGAGCCUUGUGAACAAACUGUGCGCUGGCCUCCAUGAGCAGCUGCAGGAGCUGAGAGCCUGUCUGAGCCAGGAGGUGGGAGAGCAGGAGCCUGCCAUGGUGCUUGAGGACUCCACACUGGCUGUGAGGAAACACUUCCGCAGGAUCUCUCUCUACCUGCAGGAGAAGAAGUUCAGCCCUUGUGCCUGGGAGGUUGUCAGGGCAGAAAUCAUGAGAUACUUUUCCUCAUCUGCAAACCUGGUAGAAAGGAUAAAGAGUGAGGAAUGA